AUUCACAAAUAAGGGAACUUUUUGAUAAAGAUAAGGCCAAACUUUCCUUUCUCAAAUGUUCUGCUUAAGUCAUUCUAACCUGCAAGAACAUCCAAUUCAGUGAAAAGCUGCAGGUAGAAGAAUCGUAUAAUAGUCGAAUCAGUGAGGUUCAGGUCAUCCAUCAUCUGCAUCGGUUGCUAGCUGAACAGGCAAAUGGGUUUCAGAGUAUUAGCAUUUUCUUUUCUUAUGAUCUUUGUCUAUUUCAGUGAACCUGCAUCUUCACAUCCUAAUCAGAAGACCUUGCCAUCUGAAUUUGUGCAGAGGAGGCAGUUAGAAGAUGAGGGAAUAUAUGGACGCAAGUUAGAAGGAGGCGGUGCUCAUGGAGGCAGUCAUGGUGGCCAGUCACAUGGAGGGGGAGGAGCAGUUAUGCCUAUAUAUGCAGCGGGGGCUGCAAAACAACAUCAGAGUCAUCGCGGUGCUGCCUGCAAUCUUAACAAAAUCAAAAUUUCUACUAUGUUUAUGAUGACUUUUUGUCUAUUUUCUCAUACUGUUUUUCUGCUAAUAUAGAAAGCACAAUAACAGUUUAUUGUAUAUUAUGCAACAACUGUUACAGGUUCUUUUCAACGAUAGUGUUUUCUAAGGACCUAAUGAUGUACUAUUUUGUUCAAUUUGAAUUUGUGACACCAUGCAGAAUGUAAUCAGUUAGUGAUGAUGAUGAAUAAGAUGUUUUAUUCAGUUUGCAA